AUGUUUCUCAAUUUACCGCAACACUCACCGCUGGGCAAGGAAUACGCGUCGACUUCAGAGCCAUCGAUAGUCGUCGUUUCGCCAGAUCGGAAGCGAAAGGAACCAUUGCGAGUCGCUUCUCGCUCUAAUGCAGCGGUGAAUGCCAGCGCACGAGGCGGAGCGCGGGAGGUCGACGGACAGCGCGCUGCGGGGCGGGGUGGCGGUGGAUGGGCAGGACUGGAUGAUGUGGUGGAGGGUGCGGGGUUGAGAAUUGGGCCAGAAGGAGAGCUGCACGUGGCGAUACGAGACUGGGCUGGGGAUAAGGAGGGAACGGAUCUAGCGUUGAUUAGCGAGGUUGUCCCAAUCUUCCGCCAGCUGGGCACCGCCCUAGCCGGGAUAAGGUCUAAGCUUCCGACUGGCCUCCCGGCAUGUGUGGUAGUAAAGUGCAAGUUAGUGUGCGUUAAUAAAGGAGGAAGGAAAGAUCGCGCGCGGACCGACCUUCCGGCCAGAAGCACUGCAUUGACAUCGGUUGAUGCCCUAAGCCACAUCUCUCGCUUCGCGGGGAGUGAGAUAAUUAGUGGACGGUGUCGACGCGGGAGAGGGAGCAGGAGCCGGCGGACAAAACAGCAACAAGACGAGGGGGAAAGGGAUUGGCGAGGGCAUGAGAGAAGGGACCGUCAUGGGCUAGUGACCUUGUGUUUCUACAGAAUUUGGACCAAAAAAAUAUGGCGGAUGCGCGAGAAACGCCAGCAAGCCCGGAGGACUUUAUCACCCGUAAGUGUAUGUGCGUGUUUCUAUCACGGAAGGGGAGCAUCUUGCCCCGCUGCUUGCACUGUGUCGACAAGGCAUGCAGGAAUCAUUGCGGCUCCGCCUGCUUUGUUGUGCGAGUCCAAUAGAACAAUGGCGAGGAGAACGGCGUCGAAUGGAGCAAUAAAGGCAGCGGCGCGGGCGGCAAAGGGUCAUUCUGACGCGACGACCUCGCCGUUUCACGCUUCCCCAACUGUUUGUUAUAUUUGCACAAGGGAUGAGACGACUACCGAGCCGCGAAAAUGGCAGGGAACCGCUGCACUGGCUCAAAUCUUCCUUUUUAAUCCGAUGAAUGAUCCGUUUGAUCGGCUUACAGCUCCGCCAUCGCGGCAACGGAUCCUGUGUUGCUCCGGAGGGAGGCCGGCCCCCUGCGGACGGCGGUGGGCGUGUGGUGCGUGUCGUCUGAUUGGAUGGUCUCGGGGCGGGCUAAUAUCUGCCGCACGCCGCCGGCGUGAGCCAUGCUCGAUGCCCCGCGUUGCCGCUCGCGUCCCUGCUGCUGUCCCGCAGGGCGGUCAUUCCGAAUUAUUAACCCGGCUUGCGACCGCCCGUUCCCUCCGCACGGCGGACGAUGGGGGGGGGGAGGGCAACCUGGCGCUGAAGACGGCCGAGGGCGGCCGCGUGCGGGGACGUCGUGUCGCGUGCAAGUCGCCGCCGCCACUCGAUAACAGAGACUCGCGGGUGCGUCGAGGUACGCGGCUUCUUGCGGCUGUUGCUAUGGCGGGUGUCCCUGCGGAGGAAAUACUUGAAGCAAGAAACCAGACUAGCCGGCGCGUUGUGCCGACGUUUAGAACUUGUCCCGGCUGGAGCGGUGUUUUGUUAGUGGGAGACAUCUGGUGGACCAAAAUCCCCGCAAAAGCGCAUUCUGGUGAAUCUGGACAUCGCGUGCCACGUGGAGACGGACCCGCCCGCGCGCGCCUUCCGCUGGAAGUUCAACAACAGCGGCGAGACGAUCGAGGUGUCGCCCGAGCGCUUCGCCGCCACCUCCAACGGCACCACCUCCGUGCUGCACUACACGCCCAACUCCGACCUCGACUACGGCACGCUCUCGUGCUGGGCCGACAACGACAUCGGCCCGCAGGCCGCGCCCUGCGUCUUCCAAGUGGUGGCGGCAGAUGUCGCUUCCGCGACCGAAGUCAGUAUUUAUUUGGCAGUCAGGUGCCAUCGUUUCGGCCCCGAUUCAGCGAUCUUCCUCAGCAUUUCGCUCUAAGGAUGGUGGCGGAAUGGAAAAGUAAAUAA